GCCCCGAUGACAUUAUCACAGCGCGCUGGUCGUGUCGGGGCUAUCACCCAGUAUAGCAGCAGUUUCAUUCUCGGCCGCUGAGCUGUGUGAGCGUAACUGGCAUAGCAUUUACCCGGAGCGGGGCUGUCAUUCCAACUCAUCCCAGGAUUUAUACGGAAGAAUAUACAAGAUUCCUGGCAUGCUGAGUCCCAUGAAAAGAAUGAAAUAAAACAUCCGCCUGCUGAGAUGGGAAAAGUGAUAUAUUCUGAUAUGCAAGGCAUUGGGAUCGCUCAUCUCUGACUACAGAUUAGGAAGCAGCCGACAUGGAGACUGUCGUCUCAGAAGGGGAAUCUGAGAGAACUCCGCAUUGUGAGAAUAAAGAAGCGCAUGGAUCGCCACAUUUGGUAGCCGAUUGUGAUGAUUCUCAGCCGAUUCUCCCGUCAAAGAUGAGCCAGCGCCAAAGUAAAGACUCAUACCUUUCUCCAACCAAAGAUCUCGUCCAGGCUACGCUCAGUCCUAGCAUCAUCCACAGCCAUGGGUUUGAAAGAGGGAAGGAUGAAGUCCUACAAAGUAAAGAAGAUUCUUCAAACUCAAUGUCCAAGAGCAAGUCUGAAUCCAAAUUAUAUAAUGGCUCUGAAAAGGACAUUGCUGCUGCUUCAAGCAAGCUUACGAAAAAAGAGUCCCUUAAGGUUCAAAAGAAGAAUUACAGGGAAGAGAAGAAGAGAGCCACAAAGGAGCUGCUCAGUACAAUCACAGACCCGUCAGUUAUUGUCAUGGCAGACUGGCUGAAGAUCCGUGGAACAUUGAAAAGCUGGACAAAGCUGUGGUGUGUGCUAAAACCUGGAGUGCUAUUAAUUUACAAAACGAACAAAAAUGGGCAGUGGGUUGGGACAGUGCUACUGAAUGCGUGUGAGAUCAUUGAAAGGCCGUCAAAGAAGGAUGGAUUCUGCUUCAAACUUUUCCACCCCUUGGAGCAAUCAAUAUGGGCUGUGAAGGGCCCCAAAGGUGAAGCGGUUGGUUCUAUUACGCAGCCCCUGCCCGGCAGUUAUUUAAUUAUUCGCGCUGCCUCGGAAUCUGAUGGAAGGUGUUGGAUGGAUGCCCUCGAGCUGGCCUUGAAGUGUUCCAGUCUGUUGAAACGCACCAUGAUCAGGGAAGGUAAAGAACCCGACCUGAACUCUUCUGCUGAAAACAGCCAAGUGAACUUCUAUGGGCUACUGAGAGCACACAACCUCCACAGCAAUGAAAACUUCCAGUUGAAUGACAGUGAAAUCGAAAGACAGCACUUCAAAGACCAAGACACAUAUUCUGAUAAAUCUGACAAGGAUAACGAUCAUGACCAUGAAGAGUCUGACAAUGAUGGUCUUGGCAAAAGUGAGGAGAGUGACAGUGAUACCUCAGAGAGACAGGAUGACUCCUUUGUUGACACAGAACCAAUGGAUCUCAUUAAAGAAACCACCUACGUAGAAGAGAGCCAUGAAGAACUGGGAGAGGCGGGGGAGGCUUCUCAAACAGAAACUGUUUCAGAAGAGCACAAGAGUCUGAUCUGGACUUUACUGAAGCAGGUCCGGCCGGGAAUGGAUUUGUCUAAAGUGGUACUCCCCACCUUUAUCUUGGAGCCACGCUCGUUCUUGGACAAGCUCUCGGAUUACUACUACCAUGCUGACUUUCUGUCAGAGGCCGCUCUGGAAGAAAAUGCUUAUAGCCGUAUGAAGAAAGUUGUGAAGUGGUAUCUGUCUGGAUUCUACAAAAAGCCAAAGGGUCUAAAGAAGCCGUACAACCCUAUUCUUGGGGAGACAUUUCGUUGCUUGUGGAUCCAUCCAACAACAAACAGCAAGACCUUCUACAUUUCUGAGCAGGUUUCCCAUCAUCCUCCUGUGUCUGCAUUUUAUGUCAGUAACCGAAAAGAUGGCUUUUGCCUUAGUGGAAGUAUUUUGGCUAAAUCCAAAUUUUAUGGUAAUUCUUUGUCUGCCAUUCUUGAAGGAGAAGGAAGACUAACUUUCCUUAACAGGGGAGAGGAUUAUGCGAUGACAAUGCCUUAUGCUCACUGCAAAGGCAUUCUUUAUGGGACGAUGACACUUGAACUUGGAGGAAAUGUCACAAUUUCGUGUGAGAAAACCGGUUACAGUGCCAUUCUUGAAUUUAAAUUAAAGCCAUUUUUAGGCAAUGAUGAUAGUGUUAAUCAAAUAUCAGGGAAGAUAAAGUUGGGGAAAGAAGUGCUGGCCACACUGGAGGGACACUGGGAUAGUGAAGUUUUUAUACAUGAUAAAAAAACCGAUUUGUCUGAGACGUUCUGGAACCCAACACAAGAAAUUAGACAGAGACGUUUAACUCGGUGUACUGUGCUGCGGGAUGAACAGGGUGAAUUUGAGUCUGAAAGGCUUUGGCAACAUGUCACGAGAGCCAUAAACAGCAAAGAUCAAAUACUUGCCACUCAAGAGAAGUUUGUGCUAGAAGAAGCUCAAAGAAAAGCUGCCAAAGAAAGAAAAGCAACGGGCGACGAGUGGACGUGCAAGCUUUUCGAGCAGGAUCCGAUCAGCGGAGAGUGGCAUUACAGAUUCGCAGACACCCGGCCUUGGGAUCCUCUGAACGACUUGAUACAGUUUGAAAAAGAAGGUGCCGUCCAGACAAAAGUGAGGCACAGGACUCCAAUGGUUUGUGUUCCAAAACUAAAACACAAAACAAGCAGCCAGCCCAAGAAAGUCGAGAGUGGGUGCUCUUCCCCUGAACUAGAUAACCAAGACUCGUCCGGGAGUGAAGCACAACUACAAACACAUAGCACUCGAGUCAGGAAAAAAGGGGCAGAUCAUGGAGAACUUCAAAGUGCCAUAGAAUCCAUAAAGCGGACCCAAGAAGAAAUAAACAGGAACAUUAUCGCUCUCCGUAACCGUGUAACUACCAACACCUCCUCCACAGAGAACAGCUUUCUUCAGCAGAGAGACUACUGUAUCAUUAUCUUCCUGAUAUUGCUUCAGAUCACCAUCAACUACUUGUUCAAGUGAAAAGAAGUAACCAGAUCCUUUUAAAAGUAAUCUUCUCUCUGAAACUUUACCCUUGGAUUGGGACCAUUAUCAUUUUAGAUGUGGCCUACAGCCAACUUCUCUGCAACGUGUUACAUCUUCCACCUAUUGGACUUAAAUUCAUUUGACUUUGAUGGCUUAAGCCUCCAGAAACAUUAUAGGUUUAUGUGUUCAGGAUCAAAGUCACCCGUUGCUCAAACGUGAAAGUGCCAGCACCCUCUUCCUAUCUAUCUCUACACGUUGCAAUGUUUGUGCUUAUCCUGUUCUUUAAGGUACAUGUGUGUAUAUGUAAGUGUAUAUAUAUACCGUAUGUUUGUGUAUGUGUGUCUAUGUAUAGAUAUAUAAUAUAUAUACACAUACAUAUACACGUAUGUAAUAUGCGUAUAUGAUUUAUGCCCAUCAGUGUAGAGCAGUAGUCCCUCACAGUCCAGUAACUAGAGGGUGCUCCGCAUGUGCUUACGCAGACUGGCCUCAAAUCCAGCUAGGGACGAGCAUCUGAAAACAAG